AUGGAAGCGCCCAAAGCCUGUGUGCUGUCGCUCCUCCGUCGCGGCAGCGACUAUGCCCAGCCGUACCUCCAACAGGUCCCGAAGCCCGUUCUGCAGGCCAGCGUCGCCGUAAUUGCCAUCCUUCUCACCACCAUCCUCUUCCGCACCGCUCAAGCCUCCCUCGCCGCUCGUCCCCGCCUCUACGUCGUCUCGCCGCCCACCCCCGACGCCGACCCUUCCACGCAGCCCGCCGCGUCGCUCUCCUCCCACAUCCCCUGCUACGCACCCGCGACGGGCCAGUUCCUCGGGAAUGUGCCCGCCGCCUCCGCCGCCUCCAUUGACACCGCCAUUGCCGCCGCCGCCGCCGCCCAGCGCGCCUGGCGCCGCACCACCUUGCCCCAGCGCGAGGCAGUGCUGCGCUCCAUGCUGCGGCACGUGCUCGACCACGCGGAGCAAAUCUGCCGGGUUGCGUGCCUCGACAGCGGCAAGACUCUCGUCGACGCCCAGCUCGGUGAGAUCAUGGUGACCGCGGAGCGCCUGCAGUGGACGCUGCGGCACGGCGCCCGCGCGCUGGCGACGGAGCGCCGCCCGACCAACCUGCUGAUGAUGCAUAAGCGGAACACGGUCAGCUACGAGCCCAUGGGCGUCGUCGCCGCGCUCGUCAGCUGGAACUACCCCUUCCACAACCUGCUCGGCCCCGUCAUCAGCUCGAUAUUCGCUGGAAACGGCAUCGUCGUCAAGGUCUCGGAGCAGACAGCCUGGUCAAGCGCGUACUUUGCCGACAUCGCCAAGGGUGCCCUCGCCGCGCACGGUUUCGAUCCGGACCUCGUGCAGACGCUCGCCUGCUGGCCGGCGCAGGCCGAGCAUCUUACCGCGCACCCGGGCAUCGCCCACAUCACCUUCAUCGGCAGCCAGCCCGUUGCGCACGCCGUCGCCGCGUCCGCCGCCAAGGCGCUCACGCCUGUCGUCGCUGAGCUUGGCGGCAAGGACCCCUUCAUCGUCCUCGACUCGGCCGAGCACGACCUCGCCCGCAUUGUCGAGGUCAUCCUGCGCGGCACCUUCCAGGCCGCCGGCCAGAACUGCAUCGGCAUCGAGCGCGUCAUCGCCGCCCGCGGUCCCGUCUACGACAAGCUCGUCGCCGCCCUCGCCCCGCGCGUCCGCGCCCUGCGCCUCGGUCCCGACGCUGACGUCGGCGCCAUCAUCUCCCCGGCCUCCUUCGACCGCCUCGAGGCCCUCGUCGACGACGCCGUCGCUCGCGGUGCACGCCUCCUCGCCGGCGGUCGCCGCCACCAGCACCCUGACUACCCCGGCGGCUCCUACUUCGCGCCGACUAUGCUCGCAGACGUCACGCCCGACAUGGCCAUCGCCCGCAGCGAGUGCUUCGCCCCCAUCCUCACGCUCAUGCGCGCCGACGCGUCCACCGCCGACGCUGUGCUCGCCGUCGCCAACGCGCCCGACUUUGGCCUCGGCGCCUCCGUCCACGGCGCGGAGAGCGACCCGCAGCUCGAUCCCAUCGUCCGCGGCCUCAAGGCCGGGAUGGUCGCCGUCAACGACUUUGCCGUCUACUAUGCCGUCCAGCUGCCCUUUGGCGGCGUCCGCGGGUCCGGCUACGGUCGCUUCGCGGGCGAGGAGGGCCUCCGCGGUCUCUGCAAUAUCAAGAGCGUCUGCGAGGACAGGCUCGGUUGGCUCGGGGUCAGGACGGGCAUACCACCGCCCAUGCAGUACCCGGUGCCCGACCAGAAGCGCAGCUGGCAGUUUGCGCAGGGCGUGGUCGAGCUUGGCUACGGCGACGGGGCGAGAAAGGCCAAGGGUCUGAUGGGCAUACUCAAAAACAUGUAA